GUGGAACCAGUUUCUAAUCCCAGGGGGCUUCACAGACCGAAGAUCUGGUCUGCUAUUGAUAUUGGUAGAGGUGAAUCAAAAAUUGCCUUGGGUAUUUUGAGAACUACUGGAUUGACAAAGGACAUGUACAAGGGACAAUCUUCUAUGCUAUUUUCAAUUCCAUUUCCACAUUUUGAGAUGAUUCAAUUAAUCUCCUUUAAAGAAAUUUCUGGAGGCAGCCAAAGGGGUCUAUGGUUCUGAAGAGUACCCAGAGGGUGGAGGUGUACUGAAUUGCUUUUUUGCAGAUGCUCUCCCGUUUUCCAGCAAGAACUAACACUCAGUGCCAACACUUUUUGAGCUUUGCAUGGGUUACGUUAUUCAGACAUUGCUAUAGUCCUGUGAGGUAGGUGCUAUUUCUUUCUCCUGUUUUUACAGAUGAGGAAGCUGAAACCCAAGGCUUAAGUUACCUGAUCAAGCAGGAAGGUCUAGGAAGCCAGAGACUCGGACUAGAAUUUAGGCUUUUGACUACACAGCCCUACUGUGUUCUCUGUUGGCUUCUUGUGUGUCCCACUGAAUUUUCAAUGAUCUUUGCUGCCUCCUCACUGGUCUGUACACUCCCCGAGGGCGGGGCCCUGGUUCUGUUCUCCACAGAUGAGCCUCUUCCCAUGCCCCAUCCUGUUAGUAUCCCCAUUGUUUGACCUGGUUCCGUGGAGGAAGUCCAUGUGGCAACGUGAGCUGACCUCACACUGGUAACUCCAGGUCAGAACCCAAACAUUCUGUAGGGAGCAGAGUUUCUUAGUUCCUCAUAAAUACAGGGCAGAUACUAUGCUAUAGCUAAAUCUAUCCUUUCAUCCGUAUGCUGAAAGACUAACAGUUUUGGAGUGAUGGACAAGGUUCAAAGUUCUUUCACCUUUCUAGUUUUGUUUUUAAUAGAAUGCCCACUUCUUCUAUGCUUGCCUUAUGGAGGCUACAAACAGUCACAAACAUCCACAAAUGUCACUAAGCAGGAAGGUGUUUUCUCAAGACUCAGAGCUCCAAGACCUAUUAUGCCCAAGCAAUUCACAGGGCGUAAUGGCCGAGGAUGGCCCCAGCCAGUGCACCACCGUCCAUCUCCACCGACUGGCACAGGCACAGGCUCAGGCAGGGGGGAGAGUCGUCCACCUGACCUCAGCAAGAGCAGCCGGAAUCUCAGAGCACAUCCGACACCGGCGAGCGCUGAGACCUGGAAUGCAGCACUGAUUUCGCACAGACCUGCUCUUGUUCAAGUAAUUAUAAUUGCAUGUGUAGCCUUUACCAUUGCCCUGGUAUUUGGAAUCGCGAUUUCUUAUGUGAUAUAUCGGCUGGUGCACGCGGAGGAAAGACAGCAACUGGUGUGGCUUUAUAACAAUGUCAGCGUACCAUUCCUGGGAGGAGACGAAGAUGACGACAAUGUGGGUGAGGACUCUGAGAGCGAGAGCCUGGAUGAGUCCACCUACCUGCUUCCAGAGAAUGAGGAGGAGCUGGAGAAGUUCAUUUACUCAGUUAUUAGAUCCAAAAGAAGAAAGCAUAUGGAAAACAAGAGAUUGAGGAAAGAGCAAAAUUUAUUAAAGGGAACAAAAAUGGGGAAUUCUAUGCCCGGUAUAUUCUCAGAGGAUCUAUGAGAGCAAACGAAAAUGAUGCAGGACAUGCUAGCCAGCAUGGAGCCCACAGCUGCAGGGACGACCCGCAACUGGGGACCUGAGCAGGACUUACUCCUCGAGAGCUCUGUCCAGAGCACUCUAAAGAAGAAAACUAGAAGUAUAUAACCGAAAAUAAAUCCAUAUAUGCAGUGAGUCUUACUUCUUAGCUCUCAUAGUCCAUUAAUAAUUAUAACAUAUUGAAAAAGAUAAAA